UGCUUUGUGUCAAGGAAUUCAUGGCUACGUUCGCGACAUCAUCUUCGGUGGUGAUGUGGUCGGCUCGCCCUGGGCAGGUGGCAGGGGCUCGGCGGUGUGUGGUGGCGCGUGCGUCCGCGACGAUGGCGGCACCGGCGGCGGUGGCCACAGGUAGGACGCACUACGAGGUGCUCGGGCUGGGCGCCGGGAGCAGCAAGGGCGAGAUCAAGGCCGCCUACCGGCGCCUUGCCAGGGAAGUGCACCCUGACGCCGUCGGAGGUGGCGGCGACGAGGGGUUCAUCCGGCUGCACGCUGCCUACGCCACGCUCGCCGAUCCCGACGAGCGCGCUCGCUACGACCGGGACGUCACCUGCCGCGCCGCGGGGAUGAUGAUGCAGCGGGCGGCCGCGGCCGGGCCGGCGUUCCGGCGGAGGACGUGGGAGACCGACCAGUGAUGGUAGGA